GUAGAUCUGCCCCCCGCAUAGAGUUGGCCCUGGGUUUUCUCGUGAGGAGGCCUUGUGGUGGCCUACAACUUGCACAGCCAGUUGCUGGCUCUAGAAAUUGGCGGAGGCUUGGGAGCAGCUGGGAGACGGGAGUUAUUUUUGAUCCUGUACCUGUGAGAGCAAGUAUUCUGAACCGUUGACUUGUGAGUGAGGGCCUGGGGGAUGCUGAAAGUUGCUCCUGAGGUAUGCUGCAAACUCGAGUUCAGCUCUACCAGACCCUGUGGCCCCAGGCAGCCCCGGUGAUUCGCAGUGUCCGAUCGGUCCCAGGGGCCUACGGCUUUCUGGGGCUUCUUUUUCAUAGGAAAAUCCCAUGAGCAGUUUCCACCACGUCUGACUGGCUGCAGCAAUCUUCCACCACUGCAGCGUAAACCUCAGCUCCCUGGGAAGCUGGAUGCCAGGGCAGCCAGCGUGUCUGGGGCUGCAUCUCCCAGUGGCUGUGGAGGUGAAAGAGCUCUAAGCAUCUUGAGAUGCAUUUCUGUGCUGGCUGCUUAGACAAUGCUGGGAAACUCGGAAGGGAAAGAAAAGCUGGAGGGGGUGGGUGGAUGUCGACCUUUCCACACCCUGCCCCAGGAAGGGGCGCUGCGUGGGACUCGGCCGCACCCCUGCAACUCAGGUGGGCGAGAGGGACCCUGCAUCUCCCAACUUGCAUGUGCUUGAGCCGUAGGAUGAGCGCUGUGUUUGUGUGAGGAGUUGUGCUAAACGCUCUGGUUGUAGGGGAGCUGGCUGGAGAAUGGCAAAUGCUUUCAGCAUUCAGGUUCAGUGUGCAUUUUCCAAUCUGUCUGUGGGUGCCACAAGGUAAAUCGGAGAUCUGGAGGAUCCUUCCAUUGCAGUAUGGCAGCAGGAGAUGUGAUGUCUGACGCUGGGGGGUGUUCUGGGCUUGCAGAAGCAAAUCGUGCUAUUUGUCACCUGUCAGUUCCCUUUGCUGUGGAUCUAGGUCACUAAGCCACCUGGGACAGGAUUUAUCAGAAAUUCGUUUGAAGUAAAGGUCAUGUAUUGUUGUUUAAGUUCGAAUGACAGUAUUUCAGGGUCACAGAAUUUGCGCCUUCCAUUGGUGAGCGGUUUAUUGCAAAGCCUUUGAGAAGCAGCAGGCUGCAGACUUUGCCUGGGAGCAGGUUAGUGUCUGUGCUAGAGGAGCAGUGCCCGCCGGCCACAGGGCGCCUGUCCCAUGGCUCGUCCAGGCUGACCGCGGGAGGGCGUGGAGUCCCGGUGGGCAAGGGAGGUAAAACGUCAAGGGCUGAAAAUGCAAAUUCCUAUUUUCCAGGUUGCUAGGAAACAAAGCGAGCUGCGCCUUGGCUUGACUCCAUGCUUGCCGGGAGCUGGAGCAGGCGAUGGAGCAGAGCUCUUCCCUGAUGCCAGCCCAGUGGCACUGUCUUCUGUGACACUGUCCAGGGUCCCUGCUCCUGCGGUCGGGAGCGCGCAUUAGACAAGCGUGCUCGGUGCAGCUUGCUCAGGCCCCAGCGGCGCAUGUUGCCUGCAGCGAGGUGUUGCUCUGACUGAGUGUUGCGAAGCGUAGGGUACGGCUCCUUCUGGCACCAGUACUCCUCGCCUUUUGUAGAAGCAGAUCAGUCCAUGAUGCCUGAAGUCCGUGACCUUUCAGACGCCUUACCCGACCUGCCGAUGGACCCAAUCACCGGAGUCGGGGUGGUUGCCUCCCGGAACCGGGCACCCACAGGUUACGACGUUGUCUCACAGACGGCAGAUGGCCUGGAUGCCGACCUCUGGAAAGACGGCUUGUUUAAAUCCAAGGUCACACGAUACCUGUGCUUCACCAGAGCAUUUUCAAAAGAGAACAGCCACUUGGGCAAUGUCCUGGUUGAUAUGAAGCUCAUCGAUAUCAAGGACACGUUGCCUGUGGGCUUCAUCCCCAUCCAGGAGACGGUUGACACACAGGAAAUGGCUUUCAGGAAGAAGAGGCUGUGCAUUAAAUUUAUCCCUCGAGACUCCACAGAGGCUGCGAUUUGUGAUAUCCGAAUCCUGGGCAGGUCUAAGCAAGCUCCUCCACAGUACACUUUUAUAGGGGAACUGAACAAUAUGGGCAUUUGGUACCGAAUGGGCAGGGUGCCACGAAACCACGAAUCUUCACAGCCCACGACUCCCUCUUCCCAAGCACCAGCUUCGACACCAGCUCCCAACCUCCCUAGGCACAUAUCCCUGACGCUCCCUGCCAGCUUCCGAGGCAAAGGCCACAGCACGCGACUCGACCUGGAGCACCAGCACUCGAACUUGUAUGCCAUCUCAGCAAUGGACGGCGUGCCUUUCAUGAUUUCCGAGAAGUUUGCCUGCGCUCCUGAAACGAUGCAGCAAGUCGAUCUCCUGGGCAUCACGAUCAAAUCACUGGCAGAAAUCGAGAAGGAGUACGACUACAGCUUCAGGACUGAGCAGAGCGCGGCGGCCCGGCUGCCCCCCAGCCCCACGCGGUGCCAGCAGCUGCCGCAGUCCUGAGGGCGUGCGGCGGCUGGCUCUGUGGAGAAGCGGUGUGCACGCGAGGAUACUACUGAGCGGGCGGCCAGCCCCGGCAACCAGCACUACCGGACCCCUUCUCAGCAGAGGACACGUCGCGAACGCUUGCCACCCCUCCGCUGCGUUCCCCCCUCUCCCAUACGUGCUGUUUCUGCCACCCGGACCGUGGAGCCCUGCCAGCCACCCUCGCCCAUCGCCCUGCCUGAAUUCUUCCUCGCUGCCAGCUGUGCAUGUCUGAGCCAACAGCUCUUGAGCCCUCCCUGCUCCGUGCGUCCUGCUGCCCCAGAGUCCCCAUCGCACCCGGCAGAAGCGACGUGCUGAGCACUGGAGAGCCCCGGUGGGACCCCGCUGGCAACACCCCCAAGGAGCACGGCUAACAACGCAGCCGGUCACUCGGCAAACGGCAUAGCGCACCAGCUUGCCUUGGGCCUGCCCAGCUGGCCUUCUCAGGCAGGAUCCUCCGAGCCCUACAUUCAGGAGUGCGGUGGCCUUCCCAGCCAAGCCCCCGGGAGUGGUCAACCUCCACUUGCUUUUUCCAGGCUAGGCCACACAGCAGCUUGCACGUGGCUCAGAUCCACUUGGAGCCUGCUUUAUUUCUGGCUCACACAGCAGGUCCCAUUCCCCAAGGCCCGGCCUUCAGCAAAGCAGAGUGGUUCAGGGGCUACACAUCAUUGCACGAGGAGGUGGCAUGCCUGCUGUCUGCAGGGGUGCUGGCACUCUGGGACUCGGUGCCAGCAGCACACCGGCUGGACACGGGAAUGCCACCCUGAGUCCUCCCCUGCCCAGAAGCUUUGCCGUGGCACCUGCCGCCGAAGGGGCAUUGGGACCUGCUGGGUCCUCUGGGCAGUGUUCAAGCAUUUGCUCCUACUGGCUGCUAAGAGGAGGAGCCGUGCGAGUCCCCUCAUGAGCUCUGCAGCCCUCCUGGAGGAACACGCUACACUCAGACACGGUGCGUUACGAGGCUGGCAUGUGCCACUGGUCAGGAGCACGGUGCAUGGAGCCCUGACCUCCGCAGGCUGAUGGUCAGCAUCCCUAGCUCGUGUCUCAGUGAAAUGCAUGUCUUGGUGAAGUCUGUUGGUGUCGUAAGUUAUUUAGAAAUGUUCACCUGGUCUCCAUGCUGCUUUUCCAGUCUGCUGUAGAACAGAGCUACGUUACGGCGGCAAAAAAGGCAUUUUUUAAAAAGUAAGUGUUAAAAUGUGCAACUUUUUGUAUGAUAGAAUAUUGGUUGUCUAACCCUAUUCAGAUGCAAUUGCCAUAGUAACAAAUACUGGUUUUGUAGCUCUCGGUUUGGGUUAUUUGGAUGCACUGACCUGCUUUGCACUGCUCUUGACUGUUCCCGUGUUUUCUAGUGUAACGGAAUGGUGACUAACGGCAGGUUUUGUACUGCCGGUUUGUACUUCUCAUUUGUACAUAUGUAAAAAUAUUUCUUGUCCAAAGAUCCAUUUCUGGUCUUAAGGCACCGUACCAUAUCGCUGUAACAACAAGCACAAAACAUCACAGCCUUCUGGGGAGCCACGCUCCCCCUUGGACUCUUUUUAAACAAGUAGCCAUUGUACAAGCUGCCUCGAUGCUGGGCUGUGGAGGGGGAAUGGACACACGUGGGUGUAGAAGGGUCACUUGGGCACAAGCAUUAAGGCCUUGUGGUGCUUUGCAUCAGCUGUGUGGAGGCCCAGUGACCCCCCACAGCAGCUGUGUCUGCCUUUAGGGCUCUACGGCAGCUUACAGGUCUUAUUUUAUCUCUAGGAAAGCCAGACCAGGCCAAGCCUUGCUGCCCAAAGGGUAAUUGGUGAUGCUGAUGUCAACAAACGAGCGUGCCGCGAGAGCUGGCCCAGCCAGCCUGGGGGCUCUGCCCACGUUUGCUUGAAAUUCAUAUUCUCUCCAUGCUGCAGCAAUAGGCCCGGCCCAUUCUGUCCUUCUCUCUCGCUUUCUUCCCUUCUGCUGUCCGGAGUUCCUCCUGUAGCACCCAUUUGUAACUCCUUCGCUGGCCGAGUCUCGCAUCUUUGGAGCAGCUUUGACAUCCUGUUGGUGAAGUUUAGCCCCAAGUGCAUCAGGAGUUGCUCAUGCCCAAAGCCAAAAUCAAUGUUCUUUUCUGUCUCUCAGCAGCGAUGGUGGCUUACACCCCUCCAGGAGAAACCAACCCCAGCUUUUACCUCCGUGCCCCAUCAGGAACACUGGAUGUCCCCAGGCACUGGUAGGGCCAGCUCUCUGCAGCUGGUUGUACAGAUAGGUUUUGUCUUCUGUCUCCCCUCCCCAGCCCUCACCAGGUUGGUUCUGUGAUGCCUCUGCAAAGCAACGCAGGCGAUGACAUCUCACCCAGGUGCUGCUCCCGAGCCGUGGUGCAGCAGAGCUGUCUUGCUGCAAGCUUGGACAGCACAGGUGCAGCUGCCCACAAGCCUGUGUUGGGCCAAGAGGGUGUGCUGGGGCAAGGGCUCUGUCUGGUCACAGCCAGCCAGGCUCGCUCGGACUUGCUGAGCCUCUGCUUGACCCCCGUCAGUGUUGCUGCAGACGUGACGGCAGAGUUUGGCUGCGUAGUUCUGCAGCGUGUGAUCCUGCUUUGCACAGAGCAGGCUGACAGUAGCGUAAGAGAUGUUCCUAGGAUGUGUUCCCGCAGGAUCCCGAAUACUAAGGCCUCUGAGCAUUGUCAGUAUUUCAGUGAGGAAAUCUUAAUUGUUGUGCAGUAGUUGUCAUCCUCACCAGGUGCAGGGCUGGCCCCCAUGGACUGCUGGCAGUGCUCUCCAUUGGUGCCUGCAAGGCACAGGCAGUGGGGUCUCCAGUGUCUUAUUUUCAGCUCACGGUGUGGGUGUGCUGGCAGGGUCCUGGCAUACCCCAAAGGAGACGGCACAUCCUCUGCUCAGCAGGCCGCCGAGAUGGCACUGACUGGCUCUGGAGGAGUCCCUGUCCAGCCCGCCUCAGUCCAGAUGUGAGGGGAUGAGUGGAUGUAGCGCUCAGAGGAAGCAGUUUCUCAGAGCUGUCACGGCCCCGCUUUGUCCCUGGAAAAAAAGGAGAGCAGCAGUUGGUCAUGUGGAUAAAAGAGAAUUUGCCAAAAUACAUGUGAAGUCUCCUGACCCGUCUGCAGAGAUGGGUCAGGACAUCGGGGGUGUUGCUGACACUGGGCUGCAUCCUUUGAUUCCUAGUUGUCGGCAGUGCUUGGCCUCCGGGAUUUCCCACAGCAAAGAGCGGUGCUGGGGCAUGGGACUGAGGCAGCUCGUAGACCAGCCGGCAAAGGGACCGGGCCGCCAGGCUGGAGCCCAGCACAGUAGCAGUAGGUGUAGGGAGCUCGCCCCAGAGUGACGUAGACUGUCUGUGUCUUGAGGUCCUCGCAGGGCGUGGCGUGGCUGACGCCCCCAUUGCAGGACCGUUGUGGAGCUGUAGUUAGGUAGGAUUUGACUUCUCCGAUCUCCCUCCUGCCGUCCUCUCGUUGAGCGUGUCCUGAGCACGUGUGCUGUAGGAGGGAUCUGUUGUGAGCCCGUGUGCUAGUGAGGUGUCAGUGGUAGUCUGUGGUGUUGGGUUUGUUUGUUUUUUUCCCCACCGGUUUCUCAGAAGAGCUCGAGCAGGUUCAGCUGGACACAGGUUGCUUUGCCAUUUGCACACUUGCGGCAGGGCCUUGGAGAUCCCAGUGACCCGUUCGUCAGGACCCAAUAGCCCCUCUUGGCCUGGGACAGGAUGGACAUGGACAUGCCAUGCCCAGACCAGGCAGAUGUCAUCCCCUUUGUCCUGCCUCACCCAGGGCAGCCCCUUCAUCCCUGUUGUUUGUCUAUUAAACAUCCCUGCAACAUCUGGAGGAACCGGAUUGUCCGGGUGAUCCCAGAAAGGAUGGUCACCCUGUGGCAGGCCCUUUGGUCCAGCCCCGGCGCGCGAUAGACUCGUUCUGGGGCUGCAUCUUAUUGGGACGGUGAUGCAGGCCGUGACCGGCGCAUCUGCCGGGUGCUGGGGCAGCCUCUCGCCGAAGAGCCACGCGGCAGUUGGGAGCCUGGUGCUCGGGCGCCUCAGAGCCAUCUCGCAGUAGGGCCCUGGAGCAAGAGGAGCUCUGCCAACAGACAAGCUCCGGUGUCCCUGGACCGGGGCAUCCCCCUGGGACACGGCCGUUUCUUUAGGGUCUGCCAUCCCCGUUGCAGGUUUAUCUUCAGGCAGGUAGAGUAGAAGCCACCCCCGGGCUGAGGGGCUGCGCUAGGCCUCAUGUCCACAACAGGGCGCAAGCGGGACUGACGCAGUGCCUGAGCCUUGUGUCGGCCCCAGCACGGGCGCGUUUCUCUCGUAGCGAAGGGUAUCGUGUAUCGCUGCGUUUCAAUAUUACCUCAGCCUUCGAGCCUUGAAGAACUAACGUAGAGCAGAGUUCUCCUCCGAGCAGCAGCGGAGAGAGCCGGAAAGAGAACAAAUGUCGAUAUUAGUUGUUCUGAGCCAUAAAAUUAGGAAAAGAUUGCGGCUAGGGAAACUCGACCCUCUGCUAAUUAAAAACUCAGUGCGGUGCUGCUCAGUUCCUUCUGUUCAUUGGAUGCAGGGAAACCAAACUGCUUGAAUAUUUCUGGGUUGUUCAUUGUGAAAUGAAUUCCUGACAGCAGUGGUUUAACUGUCGUAUCAUGAAAAUGGAAAAGAGAAACCUUUUAUGCAGUUGCAAAAUGUUUUUUAAGAUGCUAUGCAUUUUUGUUGGGCUAUUGAAAGUGAAUUUACUGUGCAUUAAUCUUAUGAAUGUUAUUACCUUUUAUAUUUAUUUUAGAUGGCCCUCCUGUAUUUUACAAAGGGAAGUUUCGUUGUGAUAACUUAGUCUGUAUUCUUAAUAUAAUUUGUUAAAUAAAAGUUUGUUUUAACCA